CUCCAUUCUCCAUUCCCAAUUUUUUUUUCUUCCCGCUGCAACACGCGGGCGACAGCGACACCAAACUUUGAGUGACUUCACCGUUGACGACAUCCCUUUUCCCAUCCGUUGCCUGUCCAUACUCUUUUUACUCGCUUCAUUUCCUUAUUCCAGUAUCGAUCCCAUCGAGUGGCCCGUCAAUCCACCCAAGGUCCCUCUUGUCGUCAUUAGCGCAAUGCCAUCAUCGCCCAAGAUGAAGUUCGUUCUGGUGUCAGGAGGUGUUGUGAGUGGAGUUGGCAAGGGAAUUAUUGCCUCAUCAUGCGGUCUCCUUCUCAAGACCCUCGGCCUCAAGGUCACUGCCAUCAAGAUUGACCCCUACAUCAACGUUGAUGCCGGUACCAUGAACCCCAAGGAGCACGGCGAGUGCUUCGUCCUUCAUGACGGUGGCGAGACCGAUCUGGAUCUCGGCAACUACGAGCGUUACCUCGGUGUCGACCUUGCCCGCGACAACAACAUCACCACCGGCAAGGUCUACCAGCAGGUCAUCGAGAACGAGCGCAAGGGCAAGUACCUCGGCCGCACCGUCCAGGUUGUACCCCACGUUAUCGACGCGAUCAUCGACACCAUCAACCGUGUCUCCAGGGUACCUGUCGACAAGUCUGGCGAGGAGCCCGAUGUCUGCAUUAUCGAGUUGGGUGGUACUGUCGGUGAUAUUGAGAGCAUGCCUUUCGUUGAGGCCCUCACCCAGCUUCGUCACAGAGCUGGCAAGAACAACUUCAUCAACAUCCACGUCUCUUACGUCCCUGUCGUCAACGGCGAGCAGAAGACGAAGCCUACCCAACACGCUGUCAAGAGCGUCAGGAGUGCUGGUCUCAUUCCCGACUUGAUUGCGUGCCGUUGUGAGAAGCCCCUUGAGCAGGGCACCAUCAACAAGGUCGCUUCCAGCUGCCAGGUCGAGGUCAACCAGGUCCUUGCCGUCCGCGAUAUGCCCACCAUCUACCAGGUGCCUCUUCUCCUUGAGGAGCAGGGUCUGCUCAGGGAACUUAAGGAGACCCUGAAGCUCGACGACGUCAAGCUCUCCCCCGCCCGUGUCAGCCAGGGCCAGGAGGUCUGGGCCAAGUGGCAGAAGAUUGUUCCCCUCGGUUACGCCGAGACCGUCGACAUCGUCUUGGUCGGCAAGUACGUUGAGCUUCACGAUGCUUACCUUUCCGUCAUCAAGGCUCUUGAGCACUCCGCCAUGCGCUGUGGCCGCAAGCUCAACCUCAUCUGGGUUGACUCUGAGCACCUCGAGGAGAAGACCCAGAAGGAGGAUCCCACCAAGUACCACAAGGCUUGGCACGAUGUUUGCGUCGCCAAGGGCAUUCUCGUCCCCGGCGGCUUCGGUCACCGUGGUACCGAGGGUAUGAUCCGUGCUGCCCAGUGGGCUCGUGAGCAAAAGACCCCCUUCCUCGGUGUCUGCCUUGGUAUGCAGGUUGCCGUCAUCGAGGCUGCCCGCAACCUCUGCGAGCUCAAGGAUGCCACCUCUGAGGAGUUCGAUGCUAACGCUGAGCACCGCGUCAUCAUCUUCAUGCCCGAGGGUUCCAAGGAGAAGCUUGGCGGUACCAUGCGUCUCGGCACCCGUUCCACUCACUUCCAGCCCGGCUCUGAGUUCAGCAAGCUCCGUGCUCUCUACGGCGAGGCCACCACCAUCGAGGAGCGUCACCGUCACCGUUACGAGGUCAACCCCGACUACAUCGAGAAACUCGAGCAAUCUGGCCUCAUCUUCAUCGGCAAGGACGACUCCGGCGAGCGCAUGGAGGUUGUCGAGAUCAAGGACCACCCUUACUACGUCGGUGUUCAGUACCACCCCGAGUACACCAGCCGUGUCCUCGACCCCUCUCGCCCCUUCCUCGGCUUCGUUGCCGCUGCCAUCGGCUGCCUCGACCAGAUCACCAAGGAGAUCCUCCAGGAUGCCGGCUUCGCCAACGGGAGUAUCAACGGCGCUCACUUCUAGAUUAUCGACAAACGAAGGCAAGAGUACAACGAUGACGAUGCAUAGGAGUUGCCCGCAGCGAAGGGCAUGGAUCCAAUUCAAGAGGAGGACUACUGUGACAGCCACCGGUUUCGAGGCCAGUCACAAUACCCGGGGUCAGCAGCACACCCUUCGGUUCGACGAAAACAUCACCAACUUUGGUUACCGCUCAAGACUGUCCCCUCUGAUGACGUGAACAUCAGCAUUUGGGCACAGCACCAGCAGCAGCAGCGCAUUGCAAAAAUCGGGGGAAAAACGAAAAGGUUUCAAGAAGGGCAUGAAUGACUGGUUUACGGAGAAAAUUAUUUGGGCGGUGGUUGCAUUUCAAAUCGCUUUGGGAACGCGGCGUUGUUUGCUUCAUCUUUUUACAGUAACUGCUAGAUAGUAGAUGGUGUCUUUUUACUACCACACUACGCACUCAUACCUUAUAUACCCCUUGUUAAUAGUUACUUGGGCUUCAUCGCUUUGCGAACUGCGAACGUUUCGCGGCUCUCCCUGGUUCAGGGGUCAAGGUGGAACCGUGGAGUUUUGUUAGUGGCGACACCUUCAGGUUUUGGGACGACACGCACUCCACUAGGGCCGUUGUCUGAACUGCCGUUGCCGGGAGAGUUUGUUCGCUUUUCUGGCUUCUUCUCUCCUGGAUAUGGUAAACAUUUGUUUGCAUGGAGUUUUAUAGACUUGGGGUUACGUGGACAAUUGCAUAGAAUGGGGUUCUGGCGUUUUCUGUUUCUAGACAAGACACAUCCUCAACGAGAUGCAAUGAUAGAGCGUGUUUAUGAC